AUGGAAGAAGGGGGGGUGGUGGGUGGAUUGUUGGGAUGGGGGGGGUUUAGGAGAGAGUGUGUUGUGAUGUGUUGGGUGUGGUUAGGGGGGUUGGAUAGUGGUGUGGGGUUGGUUUGUGGUGGUUUGUGGGGGGGUGGGGGUGGAGGGUGUUUGGGGGUAGUUGGGGGUUGUGGUUUGGGAGUGGUGUGGGGUAUUUUGUUGGGGGGUUUUGUUGUGAUAGAUGUGGGGGGGUGGGAUGAGUGUGGGGGGUUUGAGGGGGGUAUUUUUGUGGGGGGGGGGGUUAUGUUAUGGGUUUUGGGGGGUGGUGUGGGGUUUGGUUGGUGUAUGUGGUGGGGGUAUGUUGGUUGGGGUGGGAUUUGUGGGGGUUUUUGUUGUUGUGAGUGUUGUGGUUUUUUUGGUGGAGGGGGGUUGUGUUGGUUAGAUUUGUGGUGGGGGGGGUGGUGGGGGUGGGGGUGUAGUAGGGGGGGGUGGGUGUUGGGUGGGUUUGGUUGUGGGUGUGGUUGGUGUUUUUUGGGGGUUGUUGGUAGGUGUGGUGGUUGUUGUGGGAGGUUUUGGGGUGUGGUGGGGAUGGGGUGUUAUGGGGUGGUUGUGGUUUUGGAUAGGGGGAAUUUAUGGGUGGGGUAUUGUUUUUGGUUGGGGUGUUGUUGGGUUGAGGGUGGUGUUGUAUAUUGGGGUUUUUUUGGUUUAGGGGGGGGUGGGGGUUUUUUGUGGUGGGGUGGGGGGUUGGGGGGAGGUUGGGGUUAUGUUGGGGGUUGGUGUUGGUUAGGGGUGGUUGUUUUUUGGGUGUUUGAGUUUGUUGGUUGA